AACAUAACCUGAACAAAUUUCGCUUGAAAAUGUCUGUUGAUAUAAAAUCUGAGAGUGAAGUAAAGGAUUACAUCAAGAAUUUAGGGAUAGAAUACCGUUUCGGAUGCUACAGCGAAAAGAACCCCGAAGUUUGUCAUUUGCUGGCGGACUUUUUGGAAUCGAUUAAAAAAGACUACGAGAAGGCAGCGAAGGUUUACAAAAAUAACUGCGACGAGUUUAAGUAUGGAAAAAGUUGUUUAAAGUUCGGCACUUAUUCUUUGCUCGGAAAGGGGUUACCUAAAGCAGAUUUUGUCAAUGCUUAUGGGUAUUUUGAGAAGGGUUGCAAUUUAAACGACACAGAGUCGUGUUUAAACCAAGGUUUAUUAUUAUGUACAAGCAACGAUGAUAAGGGGGUUCCACACGAUGUUAUAACAGGAUUAAAAUUACUGGAAAAAGCUUGUUCAGGGAAAAACGCGAAUGCCUGCUAUUACUUGUCCGGAAUGUAUAUAGCAGGUGUACGAAAAAAACCCGAAAAAGAUUCCAAGGUGGUUGAUUUUGUCAUACAAAAAAAUAUGCAGAAAGCUUUUAUGUAUGCAAUGGACGGCUGUAAUCUGGGAAAUAUGUACAGUUGUGCAAACUUAAGUCAGAUGUAUGCCAAAGGAGAUGGUGUUGAAAAAAGCAAAGAACUCGCAGAUAGAUACAAAAAAUUAGCCAUAGACAUGCAAAAAGAAGUGGAAAAUGCUAAAACGUUAACGUUCCAAGAAGGACUAAAGCCAACUUAAAUAAAUCUAGUCAAUUUUUAGGUGUUAUAUACAUUUUUUUAAUGUAAAUAAUGUUGCAAAAU